AUGCCCGAACUCCGCGCUGCACUGACGGAAGACAACUCGCUUUGCAGCACGGCUCCCUCCGAACCCCGCGGGUUACGGCCCUGUCGGGCAUGCGGGCGGCCCACCGUGGCGGGCGGCGGUGCGAGGCUCGGGGCCGCUGGGGCGCGGCGGGGCCCCGCCGGGCACACCCGGCCGGCGCGGCGCUCCCGGGGCGGGGCGGGAGGCGGAGCCUGGGCGCCGCCGCCGAGCCCCGCAGCGGGGCCGGGCGCUGCAGCCGCCGGAGCUUCGCCUGGCCUCCUCCCUCCCGAGCUUGCCACAUCGGCACCGCCGUUCCGACAAGCGCUUCCCGGAGCGGAGCGGGAGCCCAGCGCGGGGAGAUGGAGCCCCGGUGCUGCCGCCGCCGCCGCCCCCCGGGACUCGCGCUCCGCCAGGGCCGCUGCUGCCACUGCCGCCACUGCCAGGACGGAGAGAGCGGCCCCGCCACCGUCUAACGCCGCAGCCCCGGCGGCGCGGCCGAGGCGGGAGGCGGCGCGGAGGCCCGCGGCCCCCUCCUCCCCGCCCUCCCCGCCGCCGCUUCCCCGCCCCCGCCCGGCUCGGCCGGGCUCGGCAGCCGGGCCAUGGCGGGGCGAUGAGGGAACGGCCGCCCCUGCCCGCAGGCUGCGUGGGGAGGCGGGGAGCGAAGGGGCUUCGCGGCUCGGCGGCGCUGGAGCCGGGCGGCGGGCCGGGGGGAUGCUGGGCGCGGGGGCCGCGGCGCUGCAGCUCCUCUCCCGGGCCGUGAAGCAGGCGGCGGCGCAGGGCGCCCGGCAGGACCUGGGCCGCUGGCUGUCCCGCGCCGCCGGGACCGCGGCGGGAGGCGGCAGCGGAGACACCAUCGGCUUCGUCCCGGCGGAGGCGGCGGGGGCCGGCGGGCUGCUGCUGGGGCCCUGCGCGGACGAGGACGGUCUGCCGCCCGCGGAGCUGCUGCUCUGCCAGCUGCCCGAGCCGAGCGGCGGCGGGCAUGGGCUGGCCGAGGCCCGGGGCUGGCGCUGCUCCUGCUGCCUGCUGGGCACCUGCUGGUGCAAGAGCUGCCUCAGCCUGUGCGUCCUGGCCGCUGUCUGCUUCGCCUCGCUGGCCCUGGUGCGCCAGUACCUGCGGGACCUGCUGCUCUGGGCCGAGAGCCUGGACAGCCUGGCCGGCGUGCUGCUCUUCACCGUGGGCUUCAUCGUCGUGUCCUUCCCAUGCGGCUGGGGCUACAUCCUGCUCAACGUGGCCGCCGGCUACCUCUACGGCUUCGUGCUGGGCAUGGGGCUGAUGGUGUUCGGCGUCCUCGUCGGUACAUUUGUCGCCCACGUGGCCUGCAAGCGGCUGUUGGCCCGCUGGGCACGGGCCAGGAUCCAGGGCAGCGGGACGCUCAGUGCCAUCGUCCGUGUCGUGGAGGGCGGCAGCGGCGUCAAGGUGGUGUUUCUGUCGCGGCUGACGCUGAUCCCCUUCGGGCUGCAGAACGCCGUCUUCGCGAUUACAGAUUUAUCACUACCCAACUACCUGAUGGCUUCUUCAUUUGGGCUGCUUCCUACUCAGCUCCUGAACUCGUACUUGGGCACUACCUUGCGCACCAUGGAGGAUGUGAUUGCAGAACAAAGUGUUAGUGGCUAUUUUGUAUUUGGUUUACAGAUUGUCAUAAGCAUAGGACUCUCAUUUUAUGUCGUUCACCGGGCUCAAGUGGAACUCAAUGCAGCGAUUGUAGCGUGUGAAAUGGAAAUGAAGACAUCGCUUGUUAAAGACACUCAGCCAAGCAUCAAUGGCUCAACCACAUACUGCAACAAGAGGACAGUAGCAUUCUCUGGAGGGGGUGUCAACAUUGUAUGAUUUCAAGUAUUAAUUACUAAAUAAGGUGUGGUGAACCUGAGCUAGAAAUAUCUUGAACAUUGCCUAGAAAUAUCUAUGGACAAUUGAAAUAGAUUUUUAAAAAAUUACAAGUGAUUACAGGUUGUACUGUGGCACAAACCAACUGACCAGCUCUUUAAUUGCACAUGGGGUGACUUCUAGCAAGACAAGGAAGAUGGCAAAGUAACUUAAGAUGUAAAUGCAAAUUUGGCUGCACCUUUGGUCAUUUAUUAUGCCUGUCAUGGCCUGUAAUCUGCACUUUAAGUAGGUUUUUUUUCCUUUGCUCCUAUAAACUGAGAAAUGCUUCUAUAAACAAAAAAGUAGCACAGAGAUAAAUAUUUUUCUGCUUAGCAUUAUUUAUAAGGCUAAAUAAUUAUAUACAGUAGAAUUUUAUUACUGAUAAAGAUAAAUGAGAAAGUAUACAAUUCAAUGUAUGUUCUUCUUGAAUGUGCUUUUGCUUUGGAAUUGCUUCCAGAAGUUGGAGUGUAUUAUUUAGCUAAUGAUGGGACCAUUUGGCUUUUUCUUCAUUUUUGAUUUAAAAAAAAAUAGAACCCUAUAUAAAGUUUUGGUUGAAUGUAUUUUUCUAAGUCAUUACAAAUGUUGCAGAGCCAUGCAAAUGUAUUCACACAAGCUUAAAUCCUACAUCGUGGGACUGAAGUGCUCUUAAAUUACAUUUUAAGUUACACUGUGUAAUAUGCAAAGUGCAAGGGAAAAUGUAGAAGUUAGAUUGCAAUGACUAUUUGAAUGACACUUAAUUGGUUUUGCCACCUUGGUGAUUUUAACAAAAGACUGUUCCACAUUAUGAUAUUUUUAAUUGUUAAAAGAAUGAAGUUUUCCAGCUCACAUGACUGCAUGUGGUAAGGCUUCUAGAACAGGGAGCUAGAUCUCUGCUCUAAACAGAAGGAUGGGAUAUUAGCAGUGCUAAUUUUACAAGAAGGUGGCCUUUAUUUUGUAAGUGAAUCCCCUCUCCCUUAAAAAAGCUUUAAAAAUUCACUUUGGUUGGCACAUCUUUUGUACUAGUUUUACAUUUUUUAAAAGAUGCAAUCUAUUACAAAUUUCAUUAGAGUGAAGAAACGAAAACUAGAGGUUCUCCUUGGAAAAAGAAAUAAUCCAGUAAUGGAGAGGACAGCAAUGUCUCUGAGACUCAGGAAUUCUGACUCCAUUUUUGCAAGACAACACUAUAUUGGAUACUGCUCCUUUUACGCCUGCUGUGGACUGUUUUUCACUGCAUUAAAUAGACUGGAUAACCUGAUGGUAACUUGUGUGUGUGUCUAAAAGAAAAACAACAAUAAUGCCUGAACACAAUGUUCUGUACGUGUGAGUUUCAUGUAGAUACACAUACCAAUGUUCAGUGGCUCAAACACAUGCAAGUCGUCUGAUACAAAAAUAACGUAAAGUGUGGCUUCUUUUGUAGUUAUUUUGUAUGAGUUUUUAAGGAUGCUUUAAGUCUUCAAAAUUUUUGUGUUAUUUUCUAACAGUACGACUGUGCCUCCUUUUUGUAAGGUUGGUUGUAGGGUCCAAGCAGUUUUGUCUUGGAAUAGUGGGUCUUCAAGGCCUUUGGGAAGCAGAGAUGUGAGAGCCUCUAACAGCCUUACUGAGAGGAUGUGCAGCACUCACGUAACCAAACAUCUGCGUGUUCCUUCGUAGUGGGAGUUCCAUUUUGUUCCUCAAAUAUCCUUUGCAGAUUGGAGUUCUUGGGUCCUGCAACCUAAAGAACUGAACUAGUUCAAUGAAAGCAAAAAAGUUCAGAUUGUCUCCUUUCUGUUGUUUAGGGGCUUUUUUUUUUUUUUUUUUGUUGGGUUUUGUUUUGGUAUUUUUUGGGUUUUUUUUGGUUUUUUUUGGUUUUUUUUUUUUUUUUUUUUUUUUUUUUUUUUUUUGUUUCAUUUGGUUUGGGGUUUAGUUUUGAUUGAUUGGUUGGUUUUUGAAAAGGCAAUCUGUAUCUACCUGGAAGUGUUCAUUUACACAUCUCUGCCUCUGACAGCUCCUGUGUGAAAACAAGAGAGCCAGAUAACUUUUUGAUGGCGUUAUUUGUCAUCAUAGCGUAAUUGAGUCCUUUCUUAACUAAAGAGGUUUUUUUGUUUGUUUCUUGUGAAGAACAGUCCUUCAGUGAACUGAUCUGAACUUUGCUCUAUCUUGCCAAAUGAACAAUAGUGUUUUGAAGAGGGUAGCUCUUUCUUUGCAUUUUUUAACUAACUUAAGGUUGCGUUGAUUAUUUCAAACAUUUCCCAAAUAUGUAUUUUGAAGUGCUUUUAUUUCCAUGACAUUUUGUAAUCAGAGUAACUUCACUAUGUGAACACUUUUGUAGUAUGGAAUUAGUUCUUAAGACUUUUGCAUUUUGCUUGAUACUUGUAAUCUUUGUGUACAAGUUAAUGGGAAAUGUGCAUUAAAAGGAACUUUUCUGUACCAUGCCAAUCAUAAUUUUAUACAAUAAAUUCACUCAAAUUUCUUUAAA